AUGCGUGAAAAGCGAGUCGCACUGGAAUACUGCGGCGAGUUUCUUUGCCACAUCGGCGCGCUGGAGGAAGCCAAUGCCAUCAGCGAAAUUCUGCGUAAAAUUGGCGUGGAGUUGUCUGAUACAAGUCCGUAUCGCCUUCGCGCAUUGCUGGCCGCUAUUCGGCAAGAACUAGACGUUGAUGCCUUCGACGUCGUUUUUGUGUUCGAGCGACUGGUACAACUAAAAAAACUAAAUCCAUCGUGUCCCAGCAAUGCUCUGUUUAAUUCUCCCCUAUUUUUCCACCUGUUGGUAUUGCGCUUUGCUGUUGCUUUUGAAAAUCUUGAUGAAGAAUUAUUUAAACUGGAGAGCGACGACUUGUGCCAUACCGAAGGUAUUUACGAGACGUGUUUGGUGCUUCAGGACACGAUGAAAGAAAAUCGGUUAAGUGUCACGACGGAGUUGACGAAAUUUCUUGUGGCUUUUGCGAAUAUUUUCAAGCAAGAUGAACCGAAGAGUUGCUGGGACUCGUUUUACGAGAUGUAUUGUUUAAAGGAUGCUGCUUUCCGGCGUGACAUGAAGCGUGCGUUAUGGGUGAUUGAGUCGGUUAUGCUUGGCCCCACAAAGCUUGAGCUGGUUUUACCAGCUGAAGUCUCGGAAGAAACUGCUAAGGUCGUGCCGCGUGCGAUUUUAGAAAAAAGAUUUAGUGGUACUCAUCAAGAAUGGCAAGAUCUCGCACAGAUUCACUCUAUUCCGGAUGCUAGCCAACAAACGAUUAGCGAUGACGUGCGACGGCAUGAGCAAAAUCAAGAUCGACCGCAAAGUGACCGGCGAGGUCAAAGUCAACCACAACACAAGCGUGAUCAAGAUCAAGAUUUUCCGCAAGAAGAGCAAAAACAAGACCAAGAUCACGAGCAGGAUCUACAAGAGAUUAACCGCAAUGUUAACAGUGACGCGACUGAGUCUAUGCAUUCGGACAAUUCAGAAGAAAGUCCAGAAGAGCGAAAAGUUGUAUCAGUACCUUUGCGUACACCAAAAGUAACUAGAGAAGCUCGUCAGGAAGAUGACCACGUGAAUCCUCUGAGAAGGAAUCAAAGAGACGAUGCAGAUUCUCAAUUGGCGGCAGCUCGGCGGCGAAAACGUCCUCGUAGAGGUCGCUGGUCAGUAGAGGAAGAGGCAGCAUUGAUCGAAGGUUAUCGGCUCUAUCACUCAUAUGCCAAUGUGUGGGUACUCAUCAAAUUGAAGUAUCCGGAUGUUCUCCGUCUCCGAUCGAAUGUGGAUUUAAAGGACAAAUAUCGAAAUAUGGUCAAAUACGGGAAACUUUCACAAGUCGACAACAGUAGCACAGGUGUCACUGACAAUGAUAUGACGGAUGAUAACUCUGGCGCAGAUGGUCAGACUAGAGACAAAUAA